AUGGUUCAACACUUUGUCAAGCAGAUGCAGUUAGAAUUUGAGAUGAGCCUUGUUGGUGAGCUAACAGAUUUUCUUGGUCUACAAAUCAAACAAAUGGAAGACUCCAUUUUUCUAUCUCAGAGUAAAUAUGCCAAGAAUAUCAUGAAGAAACUUGGGAUGGAGAAUGCAAGUCACAAGAGAACACCUGCUCCCACUCAUCUAAAACUGUCUAGGGAUGAGAAAGGUGUAAAUGUUGAUCAAAGUCUCUACAGAAGUAUGAUAGGUAGUCUGCUAUAUCUCACAGCCAGCAGACCUGACAUUACCUUUGUUCUAGGAGUAUGUGCUAGAUAUCAAGCUAAACCCAAAGUCAGUCAUAUCAAUCAAGUAAAGAGGAUAUUGAAGUAUGUGAAUGGUACAAGCAAUUAUGGUAUGUUAUAUUCUCACGGAUCUUGCUCUUUAUUAGUUGGAUAUUGUGAUGAUGAUUGGGCUGGAAUUGCUGAUGAUAGGAAGAGUACUUCAGGAGGAUGUUUCUUUCUGGGGACUAAUCUCUUAUCCUGGUUCAUUAAAAAGAAAAAUUGUGUAUCUCUAUCCACUGCUGAGGCUGAAUAUAUUGCUGCAGGAAGCAGUUGUUCCUAG